AAAUGAAUUUAAAAGUAUAUAUCCGCGCGUAGCGCGGAAAAACGAUCUAGUAUUCUAUUAAAGUUCAUAAGCGAAUCAAUAAGGGGGACCCGUUUUUAUAUAUUUAGUAACAAAUAAUGCUAUUCAACAGUUAUGUGUAUUGAAUAAUAACUCUACUUACGAUUCCAACUAGAUCUACCUUCCUUCUUGAAUGCUUUACGGUUUACAUAUUCUUCUUCUUCAUUUUUCUUCUUCGCGAGGUCAACGAAAAUGGCUGAUCAACCUCCAAAUCCCCAAAAUAGAAUCAAACUUCGUGAUGGUAGAUACUUGGCUUACAAGGAAAGAGGUAUUCCCAAGGAUGAUGCCAAGUUCACCAUCGUUCUUGUACAUGGAUUUGGUAGCUCUAAAGACAUGAACUUCAAUGUCUCACAAGAGUUUGUAGAAGAAACUGGGAUAUACUUUGUGCUAUACGAUCGAGCGGGCUAUGGAGAGAGCGAUCCAAAUCCGAAACGUUCGCUGAAGAGUGAAGCUUCCGAUGUUCAAGAACUGGCGGAUGGGUUACAGAUUGGAUCAAGGUUUUAUUUGAUCGGAAUCUCGAUGGGUUCAUACACUGUUUGGAGUUGCCUCAAACAUAUUCCACAAAGGCUAGCAGGAGUGGCGAUGGUCGCUCCCGUAGUAAACUACCGUUGGCCGUCGAUUCCAAAGAGUUUGAUGAAAAAUGAUUACAGAAGAGAAGUGUUAAAAUGGUCUUUUUGGAUUGCUAAAUAUUUCCCUGGACUGCUUCAUUGGUGGGUGACUCAAAACAUGUUUCCUACAACUUCAAUGCUAGAGAAAACCCCUGCUAAUUACUUCAACGACCAAGAUAUCGAAGUCCUCAAGCACACCAAAGGCUUCCCAAUGCUCAGUAAGGAGAGGUUACGAGAACACGGCGUUUUUGAGACGCUGAGAAGCGACUUUUUAGUGGCGUUUGCUGACUGGGACUUCGACCCGGCAGACCUACCGGACCCGUUUCCGUCCGCACGAGAGAAGAGCCCCUCCUCUGUUCACAUAUGGCAAGGCUACGAAGACAAAGUGAUACCGUUUCAGCUGCAGAGAUGCUUGUGCCACAAGCUAGCAUGGAUCAAGUACCAUGAGGUUUCUAAAGGAGGUCACUUGAUCGUGCACUACGAAGGAGUCUGCGACGCGAUCUUGAAAUCGCUUCUUCUAGGAGAGGAUCUUCCAAUAUCUGUAACCUUCAUUAGCAGAUUCAUUUUCUGUGGUUUCCCUGAUCAAACUAGAAGUUACCAAAGAACUAUGCAUAGCACUAAAUAGGGAGCCGCCGAAUACACCAGCUACACCUAACAUGUGAAAUGGGUGCAUAAGAAUGUUGUGCUCAGCCUGGAAUACAAUCAUAAAGUUGAAAGUACCAGAGAUUCCUAGAGGCAUA